AUGGCGGAGUCCCCCACAUCACCGCAAGCGCCUCCCGGUGACAUCGGCAGCAAUGAUGCCCACGGUGAUGACACCCCGAACGACCAUGUCCACCGCGGUGGUUCCUCACACACCGACAUCCCCGACAGCGACUCCUCAACAAGAAAGGUUACGGACCACCGCAUCACUCAGGUCGAAAAGCCGGCUUGCAGCACUCUUUCAAACAUGGGGACUUCCGACAGCACCGUUGAUCAAUCAUCGCGAUCUUUUCUCCUCGGCCUCCCCGGCGAAAUCAUCUUGGAGAUUCUGAGAGCAUUCCCCCCCGACCACAGAUUGCCGACUUUCAAUAUUCAACCUUCGAAACCAAAGUCCAUUGCCCACUUCCGGAGCACCACCAGGCUGGCUAUCAUGGCACUCUCCCGUACCUGUCGAGCCCUUCGACACUCCAGCCAGAGACAGCUGUUCUCCGACAUAUACUUGACCAAGGGCAAGCAAAUGGGAUUACUCUUGCGAUCAUUCAUCGAGGAACCCCGAUUCUGUACCCACGUUAGAGGUCUUUGUCUCGGGUUUGCUCUGAAUCGUGAGAGAGAGGCCUACGAUGGCGUUCACACCAUCUACGAGAAGAUCGACCUCAACAAGAUACCCACAUCCCUCCUCGGCGCUCUCGAGCACUGCGGUGUUAAGGAGCAGCAGACCGGCGCAUUCACUGACGAUGACGUUGAGGAAUCUUUCGAGAUUUUCGCUGGCCUCAUGUUGUCUUUGACUACCCGGCUUGAGCAUCUGACGAUAGGGUUCGAUGAUCGCGAUCGCACUCAUCCUGUCGACGAGAGACGUGCGGACCUCUAUUCUCCUCCCCGAAUCAAUCGCGAAAGCCCCAGUGGUAUCGAUCGCUUCAUCUCAGCUUUCCAUUCUACUUACGGUGGAAAAGACGCUGGCAGUCCCGACCGAAACGAGAACUUCAAGCACAAAGUCCUCACUCACUUGCAACGGUUGGAAAUCCACGGAAAUGUCUACCGUUUCUUUGAAUGGCCGCCUAUCCUCACCAGGUUUUCCAGGUUCCCUGUACCCGGAUUGCUCGCAUUGCCGACCCUUACAUCAUUCACUUCCUACUCUGACUCCAGUCAGUGGGCAUCACUCAGCGAAACUGGCCGGGCUGUGCCUCUGGCUUUCCAGGAACUCUCUCUCUACCAGGAGACCAAGACUGGCUCCGCUUUAUGCUCCCUGUUAGAGCGUUGUCCUGACCUCAAGAAGCUCGAGAUAGUGAUGGAUUGCCCAAACCCUCAUGACGAGCGUGGAAUCAGCUAUGGAACGGAAACAGCUCGCAUUUCGACAGCAAUCGCGACGUCAUGUCCACAACUCGGCACUCUCACCUUGCGGACAAAGGGCAAUCGGUUGCUUUUCUUCGAAGACGAACCAGAAUGUUCCUGGCUUUCCAAGAUGCACAACUUGGUCAAUUUGCAAGCAGACGUCCCUUGUCUGUUCAAGAGUCUGGAAGACAUGGCUUUGGCAGACGUUUCCGGUCGCCUCCCUCCGAAUAUUGAGAACCUGACGAUCUACGACAUGUGGUACAGAGACCCGAGGUUUCUAUAUUGCAUGCGUUAUGAAGUACGGGCACCGGACGACUAUGUUCUCCACUCCCAAGACAAUACUGAUGCCGUUGCCGAGCCGUUUGCCGAGAUGCUCCUUCGCCUACGAUCAUCCCUCCUGGCAGGCAGGCUUCCCAAUCUUCGCAAGGUGGCUGUCAAAUCCCCAAUCUUCGAAUUUGAUACUGGCAAUGCGUCAAGUGACUUGACGAAAGCCUUUGAGGCAGCUGAAGUAGAAUUCAAGGUCAUCCCAUAUGAAUUCCAUUUGCCAUACGAGGAAGGCAUCAGCUUCUCUGAACGCGGAAGAAACAAAAUUUGCUGA